CAUCAUUUGGAAAUGCCACCAAUUUAAAGAGCCAAACAAUUUCCCAUAAAUAGUUCACUCGAUCUCGACUACCAUCAUCGCUGGAUAUUAUGGGCCAAAUGUUGUAUUCCCUCGUUCCCAAUUGGCUAGCGUUAGGUCACCUCCGUAUAAAUUUACUUUGUCCUUCACCACACAACACGAUCCUGGUUGAAGAGAAACAGAGAGGAAGAUCAUGUCAAUAGGGCUUUCAACCAGCCAAAUUAAAUCCUUUAUUCCUAAUUCAAUUCAAAUCUCCCACCAUUCUCUCUACCGCACCCCACCGAAACGCCUCCGCCUCUCGCCACCCAAAUCUCUUCAAACCAGGACUCAAGAUGAUGGUAUUCCCGCCGAUGACGUCAAAAUGAUAGCCAAAUUCAAGUCAAGAUACAACUAUAUCCGCGUUCUGGAAGUUUCCAGAAAAACCGACCACCAUUUUGCGGGCUCUAGACUUCUCCUUCUAGACGGCCCUGGGAACAUCCACAGCGUUUCAUUUCUCUUCAAGUCACUCACCAACACCUACUUCGACGUUUUCGCUACUUUACCUCCCAUCGUCCCACCUGGUCCAAUAGGUAUUCUGGGUUUCGGGGCGGGUUCCACGGCCCGUUUGAUAUUGGAAUUGUAUCCAGAAGUAGUUGUUCAUGGGUGGGAGCUUGACCCAUCAGUGAUUAAAGUAGCAAAAGAGUUCUUUGGACUUGAAAAACUGGAAAAAAAUUACCCAGGUAGACUUUUCGUUCAUGUAGGCAAUGCGUUAAAUGCUAGCUUAAGAGAUGGGUUUUCUGGAAUUUUAGUGGAUUUGUUUAGUAAAGGUAGUUUGUUACCGGAACUGGAGGAUCCCAACACGUGGGAGAAGCUGAGAAAGUGUUUGAGAAAAGGUGGAAAGAUAAUGGUUAAUGUUGGAGGUAGUUGUGUCGAGGCAGAGGAUUCAAAAAGAGAUGGGAAGAUUGUUACGGAGAAUACUUUGAAGGCAAUGCAAAAGGUUUUUGGUGAAAAACUUAUUGUUUUGCAUCUCGGAAAUCGGAAGGAUGAUAGCUCAAUUGCGCUUACUGGUGAAUUGCCUGAUGUUGACGCAUGGAGAAAGGCACUGCCGCACCCUUUGAAGUAUUAUGUUGAUAUGUGGAUGCCAUUUAGCAGUUAGUAUGGUAUGCUGGAUUGGAGCUUUGUUGUUGGUUCAUCGUUGAUUUUUUUAUUGCGCUCCUUGUAUUCGUGUUUAUGUCUGUAUGAAUCAAACAUUCACUAUUGGAUUUUUCGUCUGUUCUCCGUUACAUGACUGACAUAUGAUACCUUAUAAUGUUCUAAUCCUCUACGUAUUUACUGUAUGAACAUUAAGGAUCGGAAAGGUGAUUUAACUUGCUGUUCCUUUCUGCCUGCAUGGCUACAAC